ACUGAGGUUCCUGAUAAGCCUGAAACAUCUGAUAAAUCAAAACUUGAUAAGUUGCUCGAAGGUGGAAAUAUUACUCUCAACUGUUUGAUUCCUGGUGAAGAAGCAAGGGAUAUCUUCAAAGUAACGAUAUCUAACGCUAAUAACAAUCGAGUUUCUUCUCUCGCGAAGGCAAUCAGAAACUGUCGUCUAGAUCAAUUUCGAGAUAUUAAUUCGACCAGAUUGGUUUUAUAUAAGAAUAAAUCCGAAGCCGACAGGGUCAUAAUCCAAAACUUAAGAAACAACAAUGUGGCUAUAUUGGAUGUAGAAUGUCGUUCGACUGGUAGGAUCCUUGGUGUAAUCGAAGUUAAGAAAGAAGAUUUUAUGAAGGAGUUCACCCAGGCAUCUGUUCAGAUGGAGUCAACCUUGACUCGUAAACGCAAAGCCGAAGAAAUCGAUAAUGGGCAAGAUGUAGAUAGGGUGUUUGGGAUUAUUACCGAUGCGUCUGAAUGGUACUUUAUGGAGUGUACGCUAGAUAAAGAUGGGAAGCCAUCAUUUGCAAUAUCGAAACCUGUGAUCGUUGUAUAUGACGAUGAGAAUUUGCAAACUAAGGUGGAAAAGGUCCUCGGGCAUAUUGUGUGGUUAUUAGAGGAGGCACAGAAGCCGGUGGAAGCUUCGCAAAGUGGUCAAACAUAUUCCAGAUGUCCCAGUCAAUGCUGA